AUGGCCAAGCUAUUCAUUGGCGGCCUCGCAUGGCACACCACCGAUGAUACUCUACGCGAGGGGUUCUCGCAGUUCGGAGCCAUCGAAGAAGCUGUCGUUGUCAAGGACCAUGACACUCUGCGCAGCCGUGGAUUCGGUUUCGUCCGGUUCUCCAAUGAAGCUGAGGCGCAAACUGCCAUGGAUAACAUGAACAACCAAGAAUUUGACGGUCGUAUUAUCCGCGUGGACAAGGCUUCGGAGAGAUCCAACCCUCGCAACGGCGGUUUCCAGGGUCGCGGCGGCUACAACCGCCCUGACCGUCCAGAGGGACAAACUUACCGUGGCGGUGGUGCCGGUGGCUGGCGUAACCAAUGA